AUGUCCUCAUCCCCUCCACUUCUCCCCGUCCAUCCCUCACCCCUUUCUCCUCUUCCCCGUCCAUCCCUCACCCCUUUCUCCUCUUCCCCGUCCAUCCCUCACCCCUUUCUCCUCUUCCCCGUCCAUCCCUCACCCCUUUCUCCUCUUCCCCGUCCAUCCCUCACCCCUUUCUCCUCUUCCCCGUCCAUCCCUCACCCCUUUCUCCUCUUCCCCGUCCAUCCCUCACCCCUUUCUCCUCUUCCCCGUCCAUCCCUCACCCCUUUCUCCUCUUCUCUCCGUCCAUCCCUCACCCCCUUCUCCUCUUCCCGUCUCCUCUCCAGCUACAAGGAUGCUUUCGAAGACUUCAAGGAGAAAAGCAAGAAGCACAGACACUACAAGCCAAUUCUGAUUGCAAAUGUGAACAACUGCUGGAAUUUUAGAGACUACCUGGAGAAAAACAUGGCAGAAAAGGACGACAGCAAAGCCAGCAUCCUCAGCACCCUCAGUGACAUUGAGAACACCGUUUUUGAGGUGCUGCUCCAGCAGCUCUUUGCCCAGCUGAAGCCAAUUUAUAAGAAGUUUACAGAAAAUAAGUGGGACUCCAGCAACGAAAUUAUGAACGAGAUCAUUAAAACCACAAGCAAACAUAUUUCAGAUUUCCGGACCCUGAAGGACCCUUCCUACCACGCCAUCGUCGAGAAGAUCCACGCCCGUUUGGUUAAGGAGUACAUCGUCAGGCUGCUGAAGAGGAAGGUCAGCCUGAAAACCGCCGCGCAGCAGCAAAACCUGGCGCAGAGCAUCUCCAAAAACGCUGCUGACCUGGAGGCCUUCUGCACCAGCCACGGGUCUCAGGCCACGUGGCUGAACUCGGCGCUCCCCAAACUGGCCGAAAUAAUCCGACUGCAGGAUUUGGGUGCUAUUAAAAUUGAAGUGGCAACACUCGCCAAGGUGUACCCAGACAUCCGCAAAAGGCACCUGGAAGCGUUCCUGCACAUCAAAGCCAAUCUGUCGCGCAGCGAGCUCAAAAGCAUCCUGGGCUACUUGGCAGACAGCACGGCAUCCACGCCGCCCCGCGCCCCGCUCUUCUCCAGCAUCAACGUGUCCUAG